UCCUGUAAAACAGCCCUAGGAAUGAAGUCAGGGGACAUCAAAGAUGAAGAUAUCACAGCAAGUUCAUCGUACAAUGACGCUGUAGGCCCUCGAACAGCUCGGCUAGAACAGGAGGUGAACAGUGGUGCUUGGUGUCCAUCCCGCCAAAUUGACAAAGAUACAUAUGAAUACCUCGAGAUCAACUUGCACAGUCUGCACGUGAUCACCCAAGUAGCUACUCAGGGUCGAUUCGGUAACGGUCAGGGUCAGGAAUAUGCUGAGCAGUAUAAGUUGGAGUACUGGAGACCAGGAGUGCAUGACUGGAUUCGCUAUAUCAAUAGAACAGGACACGAGGUCCUUCAGGGCAACACCAACACCUAUUUUCCAGCUUUACGAGUGAUUGAUCCGCUGAUUAUUGCUUCCAAAAUUCGAUUUAUCCCUCACAGCAUUCUUCUUCGUACUGUGUGCAUGCGAGUAGAAGUUUAUGGUUGUCCUUGGACAGAGGGCAUUAUUUCCUACUCUAUGCCUCAAGGAGAGAGGCGAGGCCUAGAACUUGACCUUUCUGACGACACUUACGACGGGGUUAAAGAUGAUAGCUAUCUCAAUGGCGGUCUGGGUCAACUGACAGACGGUGUCGAAGGCGACGACAAUUUUAAGGCGGAUGCUGACGGAUAUGGGAAAGGCUACGAGUGGGUGGGAUGGAAAAACGACUCAUCCUUUUCUAGGCCUCUUCAGAUUGUAUUUGCCUUCGACUCAGUUCGCAACUUUUCGUCUCUCUACUUCCACUGUAACAACAUGUAUACCAAAGAUGUUCAGGUAUUCGCCACGGCCAAACUCUGGUUCAGCAUCGGAGGCAAGUACUAUCCGAAUGAUCCCCUCCGCUUCUCCUACAUGGCUGACACGUAUAACGAUAAGGCUCGGAACGUAACAAUCUUCCUGCAUCACCGGAUUGGCAAGUUUGUAAAGGUCGAGUUAACAUUCGCCUCGCGCUGGAUUCUCAUCAGUGAAGUCUCCUUUAGUUCCGUUCCAGCUCAAGGGAACUUUACUGAAGAAGAGCCGCCUGCAGCGCCACCUAUCGUCAGUACAGCUGUGAAUGAUGACUCUUUAUCGAGUCAGUACGUGGGGUUGGUAAUCGGUGUUCUGGCUGCUGUAAUACUUCUUCUUAUCAUUGUUAUCUUCAUCAUCAUCGCCCGAAAUCGUCGCCGAAAGCACACAACUCCUCACACCAUGCUCAAGCCGGUGGAAAAUAGAGUUACCAUUAACAUGAAGGAUCUGGGAAUCAGCUAUUCACCGUGUUCACCCAUGGGACGUCAAGCUAAUGGCAAUGUCUACGGUCAGGUGGCGCUAGAUGAUGCUGAUCCGGACAAGCUGCUUUACCAGGAGCCUCAAGACUUCAAGCCUUUCGGAGGAUUAUACAGUAAUGACUCCACAACCUCCAGAGAGUAUGCCGUUCCUGAUGUCCAGAAGCCCUCAACACCUCUUAGUCACCCACCACCAACACCAGUAAACAAGCCACCGUUCCCCCAGACGUUGCCAAAAUCUCAACAUACACCUAGUGAAAAGCAUUACGCAGCUACAGAUGUCGUUAAACUACCCAAUAUUCAAGGAGUAAGCGGUAGCACCGUGUAUGCUGUGCCUAACGUAGAGCUGCUUGGUAGAGAGGAGCUGCCUAUCCGGGAAAUCCCAAGACAUAGGCUGAAGUUUCUGGAGAAACUCGGGGAAGGCCAGUUCGGAGAGGUCCACCUCUGCGAAGCAGACGGGAUUCCUGAAUUGGUCGAUGUGCCUUGCUAUGGUAACAAGACCAUGGUUGCGGUUAAGACUUUGAGACAAAACGCGUCUGAUCAAGCCAGAAACGACUUCUACAAAGAGGUCAAAAUCCUUUCCCGGCUUCGAGACCCUAACAUUGUGCAUGUGUUGGGAGUAUGUACACGUGAGGAACCGCUGGCAAUGAUUGUGGAAUACAUGGAAAAUGGGGAUCUUAACCAGUUUCUGCAACAACAUAUUCCUGAAGGUGCAGCUUACAGAUCAGUGAGUGCCAAAACUUUGAGCUACGGCAGCCUUAUCUACAUGGCAACUCAAGUGGCCUCAGGGAUGAAAUACUUGGAAUCUCUCAACUUUGUUCACAGAGACCUGGCAACUCGCAACUGCCUAGUGGGCAGGGCCUACACCAUAAAGGUGGCGGACUUCGGUAUGAGUAGGGGCCUAUACACAGCUGACUACUACAGGAUUGAAGGAAGAGCAAUGCUUCCGAUCCGCUGGAUGGCCUGGGAAAGUAUCCUAUUGGGCAAAUUCACAACGAGAAGCGAUGUCUGGGCCUUUGCCGUUACUCUCUGGGAAAUCUUAACCUUCGCCCGGCAGCAGCCCUAUUCUGACUUGGGUGACGAGCAAGUGAUCGAGAACGUAGGGCACUUCUAUCACAACGAUGGUCUGCACGUACUUCCCUCUCAGCCUCCAAACUGCCCCAAAGAGAUCUAUGAUCUCAUGCGUGAGUGUUGGCAGAGAAACGAUAACGAUAGGCCUAAUUUUAGAGAAAUACAUCUGUUCUUACAGAGAAAGAACUUAGGCUACUCUCCUCAACUAUGAGCAAAAUCAUUCGAUGUGGAAAUUGAGCUUUUCUUGACUAGAAGAGAUUCUUCAUCUGUUCUGGAAAAUAUUCAGUUUGGCUUGAUGUGUUCUGUUAUUCUAACAAGUGUGUGCUUGUGACCAUUGAUUAAGCCUAACUUUAGGUAUAAUAUUUGUACUGGCAAAAUAUCGCAAAUAAUUAACUUAAUGAAAUAUUUCAAACAAAGCACUCCAUUAACAGGUGUGAAGCUCCGAACACUGCCCUCUUUUCUUUGAAUUCUAACCUGGAACAAUUUGAUGAACUUUGUAGCAGUAUGGUGUAAAGGGUGCUAAGUACAUAGAACGUUUGAAACUCCUGAGUACGAGAGUGGUGCUACUAAAACAGUUCCAGUGAAUGUAUAAGGCAUGUAAUUGAAAAAAAAAACAACUAAAACCAAGCUCAGAAGUUUCACUUGGUGAUAUUAUGAGCACUAACUUUUCUGGAGAGACCUGGCUGAGUACUCGAUAAGAGCGCCAUCUGUGAUCUCUCCAUAACAACCAUAUCAGUUCCAAUUAUGGAAUUUAUCUAUGAUUUUUUCUUUUGUAAAUGAGUGGAACCUGCAUGUACAGAUCCUAAAAGAAAAGAUAAUUAUGUGUUAAGCAUUUAGAUGUAUGGAUUAUACGAUAAAUGUAACUUUAAGCGACAAUACGGUUAUGAGUACUUACUGUAAGCAUAGCCUUUACCGUGUUCAACUUGACGCACUUCAAUGCAAAUAUAUGCACACCUAUACGGAUAACAAUAUUCUUUUUCAGUCAUGAUUAUAUGUGAAUUUUUAGAAUUCUACGUUAGAGCAUUUUAAAUUAAAAAACGUAUAAUAUAUAUAUAUAUAUAUAUAUCAAAGGCAUUCGCGAUUUCGUGAGCCUAAAAUGCCCAUUCCUUCACAGAUGUCAUUGUGAUGGUGUUACUGUAAACUUGUUCUUUCAGAUGAACAGUUAUUCUAUUUAUUAACGUGAUCCCUUUUACUGUUCAUAACAUACGAAUCUAUUCUGUAAAAUCGCAGAAUUAUCUGCGAUGUAAUAUCGUACAUUCUAACCUUAAAAAAAAAACUUGUAUAACCUCUGCCUUGUAAGUUUUAUGGAAAAUUUCGGUGUUACACUUCAAACGUAUUGAACUGUGCAAAAGAAAAGUAGAUAAGUUUUCCUCUUUUUUACAAGUAGUAAAUAUUGAAGUGUACUUCAAUUAAUAAAAGGUUUGCUUUAUGCAAAUCACAUUCACGUAUUUCAAAUAAUUUGAGACAUGUUUUGUAUCUAUAGAAACAAGUGUUUAUGCUGCUUAAAAAUGUUUUCUUUAAGUCUCGCUCUUGUUCUUAUACAAAAAACAUUCGAACUGACAACUCUGCUGUGAUAAGAAGUUCGAAGCAAGCAUUGUACACUUUGUAUAUAUUAAGGGAAGAAUGAAGGCAAACUUGGAAACUAAGACUUCAGCUUAGGUCACUUAGCUGGAAAUCUGAAAAUGGAAUUUGUAUAUCGUUUUGACAAAGAAUUUCCUAAUGUUAUGAUCAAUUAUUUCAAAAUAACUUCUUCAAAGACAACUCUGUUGUUGAUUUCUUUGGUAAAUAGGUCCAAAAGAAUAAAUCUUGAUCAAACAUUUUGUGUGCUAAUGGUUUAAAUAAUUAUACAAGUCUAGGUAAUUGAAUAAAAAUGUUAAUCAUAAAACACUGUAUAUCAGUAUCACGUGUUAUGGUGAUUAAGAAUAAUUAUCUUUUUUCAAGCCUAUUAAAUAACAAAAGCAUAUAAAUAGUUUGAAAGUAAUUCAGAUUAAAAAAUCCAAUAAUAUAAAAUACUGUUUUAAAUAGAUUUAUCAAAGCUUGGUAAUAACAUUUGGAACAUCUGUAAUUUAAAUGGUACACCUUAGCUAAAUAAGUUAUUGUUUUCUGUUUCUUAACCAGUAAAAGUUGUAUCAUCCCACAAUUCUAUUGUCUCUUAUUGGUGGAAUGUGUUGUUAUACUCGUGUCAUUGCCAUGAUUUCAAUUAUGUCAGUUUCAAACCAUUUUCAAGUUAAACUGGCAUGCGUGGUUAAAACUUUUGAUAUUACGACUUUUUCUGUUUUGAAAGACUUUUCUAAGGAAUUUUAAGCGGUCUGAAAUAUCACACAAAACUUACCGGUACCUGUUUAAUUUGUAACUUUAACAAGUUGCCUGUAUUUAUUGGUAAACACUUCUAAAAAUCAAAUAGUUUGUCCACUUAGAAAAAAAA